CGACGUCACCGCAGAGUGGCCAAUCAGAUGACUCGUUGAACCGCGGAUAUUUGAAAAAUAAAAGAAAUGGCUGAAGUUCGAGCUGUCCUGCAGCACUGUGACCCUGCUCUUCUGGAUGACUGUGGAGACUUGGAGCAGCCGGCCUGGGCCGAAGCAGCCAGGAUGGAUCUCUACCUGACGGACAGCCGACGUGUCCAGAAAGUUCUGUGGCGUCAGCUGUUUGUCCUGGACUCCAUGGUGUCUCUGUUGGAGGGGUUUGAGUCCGUCCAGCAACUGAUGACGACGCCAUGUCCCCCACAACCAGGUGGCGGGGCUCGGGGCAGGUGGAAGGCUCUAAAGGCAGAGACCAGGUCGGGGGUGGAGGAGACGGAGGCUCUGCUCAGAACUCUGCAGGAGAGAAUCCAACAGAUCCUCGAGAGACGACACACGCUCACACAGCUGGUGCAACAUCUGCACAACAAGAAAAAGCAGACUGAACAGCUGAUGGAGUCCCUGCAGAAGGCCCAGAAUGCAUUGCAGUCUUGCGAUCAUCAGCUGGUCCAGCUGAAGGCGCAGGCAGAGUCGGCGCUCGGCCGGCUGACCAACUGGCAGCAACUCCGAGACGAGCUGCAGGUUUACAUCUCUGACGUACAGAGCGUCAUGCAGAUCAACCUGCUGUCUUUCAACCAAUCAGAGCUGUGUGUGGAGCUCAGGCCACGCCUAUCCUGCAACAUGUCAUCCAAUGAGCCGGAGCCGCUGAGGCUCUUGGUCACCUGGAGCCACGAUGACCGCUUCAAACUCCAGGUGAACGAGGGGACGGCCGGUCUGGUGGACGACUGUAUGUCGGGCAGACGCUCUGAGCUGAAAGCCGCCCUGCUCGAUGUGAUGCGGUGUUACGAGGGUCAGUUCGAGCUGCUGUCGGAGAUCCAGGGACUCAGAGCCAGUUUUGCUAUCGACUGGCGCCAUGCGCAGCGUGUGCUGGUCUACCUGAAGUCGGCGUUGUUGGUUUGCUACCUGGAGGUGGAGGAGGGAUACCCGAGCAGCGGACGGGCCCGACUGCUGUCCGUAAGAAGAGACGGGCAACCAGUGGACACAUCUGGACUGGAGCCUCAUAAAACUCAUCUCAGUCUGACUGAGUGGUUGGUCUUUCUCUGCAGCAGUCCUCUCAUCUGACCAACUCCCCCUUUGUUCUUUACUUUUCUCCCCUUCCUCACGUUUCACUCUUUGUCCGUCUCCUCCUUUUUAUUCUUGCUUCUGUUUCCAACGAUAAAGUACAGACUUGGACAGAGACGAACGUAUGUAAAGUUUCACUUUCCUAUCUGUGCAUUGUAAAUGUCUGUUUCUGUAAAGUCAGUGCACAAAACAUGGAAAUGUAAAUAAACCUUUAUACCAAAGAAAACUUUUUUUUAUUCAUUUGUCACAGAA